CGAUCAUGCCCACGGACGUCGAGCUCUUCCGCCCGGCGGCGACGAUCGCCAUGUACGCAGACGUGCGCCAUGCGACGCUGCAGAACGGUCUCAAGGUCGAGUACGCGGUCCAUGGCGCCGACGACGCGCCCGAGAAGGUCCUUCUCAUCAUGGGCCUCAUGGCCGAGAAGGAAGCAUGGCUGCCGGUGAUCGCGACGCUCCUGGACCCGAGCUCGCCGUCGGCGCGCCGCUAUCAGUGUGUGACGUUUGACAACCGCGGCGUUGGCGGCACGGACCACCCCGCGGGGCUGUACACUACGUCGAUGCUCGCGACCGACGCGCUGCAGCUGCUCGACCACCUCGGAUGGCGCCACGCCCACAUCGUUGGCCUGAGCAUGGGCGGCAUGAUCGCGCAGGAGCUCGCGUCGGCGGCGCCGGAGCGCGUCAAGUCGCUCGGGCUCGUUGUGACGUCGCCCGGCUUUAUCCAAGGCGCGACGCCCCGCCCGAUGCAACUCGGAGGCUACUGGGAGCUCGCGAAGAACCUCUUUUCGACGUCGCGCCACGAAAUUGCGACCAAGAUGAUCCACGUGCUUUACACGGAGGAGUACCUCAGCCGCACCGACGAGGACGGCGUCGCGUUCGGCAAUCACGUCUACAACUACCACUGGGAACGUCUCGCCCACAGCCGGGCGACGGUGAGAGGCAUGUGCGGCCAGUACUCGGCGGUACUUCGCCACCACAUGAGCGCCGCGCGCUUGCGAGCGAUUGCGAAAGCCGGGUUUCCGAUCUUGAUCAUUGGCGCGCGACGGGAUCGACUCUUGCAUCCGAACAACUCGGACAUCCUCGCGGACCUCCUAAAGGGGGCGAAGACGCGCAAAAUCAUUUACGAAGAUGCGGCGCAUGGCGCCCACAUUGAAAAGCGAGUGGAGGUCGCCAUGGCCCUCAACGAGCACUUCCAGACGCGAAGCCAAUUGUAGCAACGACAUUUUAAUCUCGAGCCAUGUGUUGCCUUUCGAGGGUCCA